AUGUCUGUGGAAAAAAGCACCAAGGAUCCUCAGGGAACUGUUACCCUCCAGCUGGAGCUUAAGUCGCCUCCCGAAAGUGUCAAGGAGUUGCAGAAAAAGGACUCCAAUUUCUUGGAUGGAAGCCCUUCAGAGUCACCAGGCUUGGAAAAGGCCAAGGGCAUCACGGGGUUCCAGGCCUUGAUUCAUCUGGUGAAAAGCAAUGUGGGCACAGGGAUCCUGGGACUGCCCCUGGCUGUGAGAAACGCGGGUAUCCUGUUGGGCCCACUCAGCUUGCUGGUGAUGGGCAUUGUCGCCACCCACUGUAUGCACAUCCUGGUCCAGUGUGCUCAGCGCUUCUGCCGCAGGUUUAACAAGCCCUUCAUGGACUACGGGGACACGGUGAUGCAUGGGCUAGAAGCCAGCCCCAGCACCUGGCUCCAGAACCACGCCCACUGGGGAAGGCAUCUCGUGAGCUUCUUCCUCAUUGUCACCCAGCUGGGUUUCUGCAGUGUGUACAUUGUGUUUCUGGCUGAUAAUUUAAAACAGGUGGUGGAAGCUAUUAAUGCUACAACCAACAAAUGCCAUUACAACGAGACAAUGAUUCUGACACCCACCAUGGACUCACGUCUCUACAUGCUCACCUUCCUGCCCGGCCUGGUGCUGCUGGUCUUUGUCAGGAGCCUCAGGAUCCUGACCAUCUUCUCCACGUUGGCCAAUCUCAGCAUGCUGGUCAGCCUGGUCAUCAUCACCCAAUACAUCGCCCAGGAAAUUCCAGACCCCAGACAGUUGCCGCUGAUAGCAAGCUGGAAGACCUACCCUCUCUUCUUUGGGACAGCCAUUAUUUCGUUUGAAAGCAUUGGCAUGGUUCUGCCCCUGGAGAACAAGAUGAAGAACGCCCGCCGCUUCCCAGCCAUCCUGUCUCUGGGAAUGUCCAUCGUUACCAUCAUGUAUAUUGGCAUGGGGGCUCUGGGCUACCUGCGGUUUGGAGACAACAUCAGGGCCAGCAUAACCCUCAACCUGCCCAACUGCUGGUUGUACCAGUCAGUCAAGAUCCUCUACAUCGUCUGCAUCCUGUGCACCUACCCCCUGCAGUUCUAUGUCCCUGCAGAAAUUGUCAUCCCCUGGGCCGUCUCUCGUGUGUCAAAGCGCUGGGAACUGCCUCUGGACCUGUCCAUCCGUGUUGCCAUGGUCUGCCUGACAUGCGUCUUGGCCAUCCUCGUCCCCCGCCUGGAUCUGGUCCUCGCCCUGGUGGGCUCUGUGAGCAGCAGCGUCCUGGCCCUCAUCAUCCCGCCCCUCCUGGAAAUCAUCACCUUUUACUCUGAAGGCAUGAAUCCUCUCACCAUCACCAAGGAUGUCCUCAUCAGUGUCCUAGGCUUUGUGGGCUUUGUGGCAGGGACGUACAAGGCCCUUGACGACCUGAUUGAGACAGAAGACUCUCACACCUUUUCCAACUCCACCGUCUUUACUCAAUGAGAAUGGCACUGCUUCUUACCCACCAGCACCUGACUUGUGACUGUAUGGACCUUUUUCUCUGCGUCAUCAAUGUGCGUCUACUUUGCCAUUUCUCUGGGCCAAGUCACAGUGAAGCAAGCAGUGAAACA